GAUCGGCAGGCUUUGAUGCGUGAGUUCCAAGAGGAACAGGAUGGCAUGGAAAGCCCUUCGUGGUUACGAACUGGAGCAAGCGGCGCGAGUCAAGGCCUUGGCAAUAUCGCUGCCUCCACAAGAAGUGGUGCUGAGCAGGGUGACGUGCGUGCAGUCAAGAGUGCUGCGAAUCAAGAUCGAAUGGGGGCGGGAGAUAGGAAGGGGAAUUUGGGCGCUGGCGCUGCCUCGUCUGAUGAUUCUCGUCUAGCAGACAAAAAGACAACAGGACAACCCUUGUUGGUUAAGACGAAGACCGCUGGCCCAGCCCUCGCGGAACGAGAGCAGAACUCGGGUCCCGGCGCAGCUUUAGAACGGACGUUUGAUCAUGCAAGGACGAACGCUCCGCCUUCGGUGGAUACCAGCAAUGCACUUGUCCAACUCGCACAAGAUCCUCCUCUCGUCCCUGAACUCUCACGCAAAUCCACGGGUAUUCUCAAGUUGGGUGAAAACGUCAGACGGAAGAGAGGAAACAAUACUGCGAUGUUGGCGAACGGCAGUUUCGGUUCGGCCAGCACAGGGUCUUCCAGUUACAAACCCAAUCUUCACGGAGCAAAUGUGAUUCUCUCUUGCGAUCUGCUGAAUGCUGUGGCUACUGGUUGUUCUUCAAAGAUCAUACCACUGUUUCUAGUGCAGGAGUACAAUUUCGGGCCACUAGGGGUUUUGAGCAUUGCGUUUUGCUCGAAUGUGUGCGCUGUUUUUGUAGCACCAUAUGCGAAGAACGUGAUAUCGUGGACGAGAAAUUACGGCUAUCCUGGCAAAGUGGGGGUCUUACUGGUUUGGUAUUUUUAGAUCAUGUUGGCUGAAUGUUCUUUGUUUCUGAAAAAAAUGACUCCUGCAUGAUCGUAAAGAUUGUCGAAAACUACUUUCUUGUUCAAGAAAUACGAGUACCACAAGCUCAAGCACCAUCCACCUACCCCUCGCACCAGGUUGUUCGGCAUGUUUUUUGUUUUCAUCCUUUGCCUUCCGGAACCGCUGCUUUCCUGGGAAGUUGUUGCCCUUGCCGUGACCUUGCGCAAUGCCGUAAACGGUGCUGCGAAAGGAUAUUUGAGGGCGAAACUAGUAGGUUUUUUGCCUUAUGAUAAAGUUUCUCGCUACAUGAGUUGGGACAGCUUGAACAAGGCGUCGCAAGGUGGACUAACCAUAUUCGGAACGCAGCUGGUCUACUACGGCAGUUAUCGUCUCUGCUUCACGCUCACUUUUCUGAUCUUGGUUUUGCGCUGGCUGUUGUUUCUACGAUUUAUCCUGCACGAACAUCGAGAACGACUGUUCUUAGGCGGAGGCGGGACCACUGGUGGCAGUUCGUACUACUAUCAGCAAUCGUGUAGCGUAGCAGCAACACCUACUCGGAGUGGCUCGGGGGGAUGGUGUGACUGGCUUAGCGCACUGUUUGGUACCCGGAGAAAGAGCAUCGUUGACGGACUACCUGCAUCCUCCGCUGAUGUAGUCGAUGAGCUUGUCGCUACGACUGAGCGAAAGAGGGAUGAAAGUAAUCCUAAUCUCGCUAUACAAGAAGAUACGAAAGCGCAAAAGCAAAUCAAGGACACUCCUACGGUGGAAAUCAUGCAACGAAUGAAACAACAGGCUGCACUGGAUGCUGCUGCUAGUGGAGGUUCGAUACUAGAGUCUCCAGAUCAAUAUGGAGAUAAACUCACCCUUUCCUACCGGUCGAACUCAAAAGCGAACUAUGAUCGAAGUGUUGUCGUAAUCCAACAAGAACCAGUGGACGGCCUUCUAACUGGGGAUGACCACUUCUCGUCAACCGGACCAGCAAAAGGAGACGACAUGUUGUUAUCAGCACAGGCCUCUCCUCCUAACGCUGGUAUGCUCUUGUCGAAGAGUGCGACGACAAACCUACGAAGUAAUGAGUCCUCUGUGGCUGAAUUCGUGAUGGAACUGCAGGAUGAAGAGGAAGAUUUUCGACCACCUCGUGCUUUUCUCAACCUAGAGGACAACAUUUUCAACACCCAGUCUUCUAGCUCUACGUCGAUGCCAUCGAUGGCACCAGUGUCAUCUUCAGAUUACGGUGGGGGUGUAGAACAGCAUACGCAAAGUAGCUUGAUGAGCAUGAAAAAUAGAGCUGCGGCGGGCGCAGGUGGGUCGUCAGGGUUUGGGAACGUGAGAAGGAGUAGCUCACCGAAACAGGAUUCGGG